UAAUUGUCAACAAUGAGUGAGGACCAGAAGAAGAUGUCCCCUCCUUCUGACACCGUCCCAUCUGAGGAUACCGUCCAGCUCAACCAAGGGGAGAAAAAGGUGCCAUUGUUCGUGAGAUUCAGCCCGUGGGAAACGCUCAAACACAUCCUGGCCGUCCCGUUCUACAUCACCAUACUUUUCUGUGCCAGCUACUACCCGUAUCUUCAGCACUGCGGUAUCUGGUUUGGGGCCCUGUGCGGUCUCAUCACCACCAUCGCCAACCUUGUGUACCAGAUUUAUGCGCUGUGGAAGUUCAAGGACUUCCACCUCCCAGUCGUCCAGAAUUCCAACAAAGAAGACUAGGGAGGGCCGCGUUAGACAUCAGAAACGCCCAGGCACAAAUUAAAAGGCUAAUCUCCAAGCAGAUGCUACA